AUGGCAUCCUCCUCCUCCUCCAAAGAAGUGAUAACCCUGAAACUACUAGUCGACACAAAGAACAACAGGGUCCUCUUUGCCGAGGCCGGAAAAGACUUUGUCAACUUCCUCUUCACCCUCCUCUCUCUCCCCGUCAGCACCGUCGUCCGCCUCCUCACCGCCAAAAGCAUGGUCGGCUGCCUAGGAAACCUCUAUGACACCGUCGAAAACCUGAGCGAUACCUACAUGCUGCCCAACCAGAGCAAGGAGGUUCUGUUGAAAACCAAGGUGGCGGUCCGUUCGACGGAGGCUUCCCUUCUUCUCACCGACGAUGAUAUCCCCACGCCAGUGGUUAUCAAGAUGUACAAGUGUGAAGACUGUUAUAGAUGGCACGAAAUUCGAACCCUACAUUUCCUAUAUGUUGAGGACUUUGCUUGA